AUGAUGUUCACUUCAUGGCCUGCACAGUGUGCAGCUUGUCAACUUAUCCCAUGCAUCAGAUGGCACCAAGUCCUCCUCCCCCGCUCCUUCCCCCUUCACAAACGUGGCGAUCUACCGAACGGCAAGGCCCCUAUGUAUCCGGCUGUUCGCUUCUCGGAUGAGGGCGACCAGCAGCGGGCCCUCCUCGAGAUGCAGGGUGUCUACUGUGGAAAACCGCCCAAUGCGGAUUUCCACCGCGACUCCCAAGUCGCGCAGCAGGGGCAGCAACAAAUGAUGCCGCCCCCUGUUCAGGCUGGUAUGAACUAUCUGGGUGUGGGCGGCCCUCUGUUCUAUCAACAGGGGUUUAACCCUAUGGCGGCCCAGCCCAUGAACCAGUUCACUGAUCCAAACAACACAACAGUGUUUGUCGGUGGCUUGUCGGGCUACGUUACUGAAGACGAGCUCCGCUCGUUUUUCCAGGGCUUCAGGGAGAUCACAACAACUCUGGCGUUGGCGCCCCGUCUCGUCCCGCUCCCCGCCUGCGCAUUCUGGGCAAGCGAGCAGCGCGACGACAUGAGGUGGCGGUGGUCUCUACUGUGGUGGUAUUUUGUAUGGGAGGAGUCACAUGUAUGGGAUGGCUAG